UGCUCUGAUUAUACAGAUGCUAGCAAACUUUGCUGUCAAUUGCCGAAAAAAUCGGAAUCGAAGCAGCCUCAAUCAGGUCUUCCAGAAGUUACCGAUAACAAAAUUUUGCCUGCCAAGCGGCCUGUGGGCAGUACACAUGGGGGAAGACCAGUUAACCUUGUAGUAAACCAUUUUCUUGUCAAGUUCAACCCUAGAGUCACCAUAUUUCAUUAUAAUCUCGAUAUUAAACAAGUGAUAUCUCAUGGAAAAAGACCAGCGAAAAAGUCGAAGAAAAAGGUGAACCUACGUUUGAUCAGAGACAAACUCUGCCUCGAUGAUCCAGCUCGAUUUCCGUUGAAUCGGACCGCAUAUGACGGUGAAAAGAAUCUCUACAGUGCAGUGCCGCUGCCCACCGGUCAAUUCAAUGUAGAACUCUGCGAUAUUGAAGAUCUGUUGACUCGCACGUAUGUCGUUUCAAUCAAGUUAAUGAAUGAGCUAAAGCUUUCCAAGCUGGAAGACUAUUUAAGCGGGAAGGUGACGUACGUGCCUCGUGAUAUACUGCAAGGGAUGGAUCUUGUGAUGAAGGAGAAUCCUUCUAGGCAUAGAAUCUCUAUCGAUCGUCACUUUUACUCUUCCAGUUUUAACGUGGAAGAUGAUUUUAAGCACGGUGUUGCAGCGUAUCGAGGCUUCCAAUCAACUUUAAGACCGACGUCGCAGGGUCUGGCCUUGUGCCUCGACAGCUCGGUUUUGGCGUUUCGUAAGCCGUUGGCAGUUAUGGAUUUCCUUAAAGAGAAUAUUCCUGAAUUCGACGGAAUGUACCUCGGUUUCAAUUUGAGGCGGAGAGUUGCACAUGCGUUGAAAGGAUUGACGGUUAGAGUGACUCACCGUGUUACGAAACAGCGGUUCACCAUAGCUGGUUUGACUGCCAAAAACACCCGUGAUCUUUGGUUCGAUUUUGUCGACCCGAAAGGGAGGGACCCGACUGUUAACGUCAGCCUUGUGCAGUACUUCAGGCAUAAGUAUGGCAAGGACAUUGUGUACCAGGAUAUUCCUUGCUUGAUUCUUGGCAGAAAUAAUCGGACGAAUCACGUACCUAUGGAAUUCUGUAUCUUGUCUGUCGGACAACGCUACAGAAAAGAGCUUUUGGAUGAAGUUUCGCAGGAUAAAUACGAUGCAAAAUGCCUGGCUUCGCCGCCAGAAAGGAGAAAAACAAUCUGCGAGACGAUGCAAGCUUACGAUGGACCUUGUGGGGAUGUCACUCAAAAUUUUGGACUUCGAAUCGAUAAGAACAUGACAUCUGUCGAAGGUCGAGUUAUAUCUCCACCCGAUUUGAACUUUGGUGCUCCAGAUGGUAGUGUUGAUAUAGUAAGAGUUGAAAACGAGAAAUGCCAGUGGGACAUAGCUGAAAACUCUGUUGUGGAGGGCAAACAAAUCGAAAGAUGGGCCUUGAUCGACUUCAGCUCUUCUGAUUCUUCGAGAGCCAAAGACUUCAUCAGGAAUCUGAGAAACCGAUCCACGAGUUUAGGUAUCUAUAUGGACGAGCCUCUACUUUGCCAUUUCACCGGCAUGCGCGAGUUCUCUUCGGUCAACAGGCUAGAAGGACUUCUCCGAAGUGUCGUCGAGGAAGCCAGCAGAAAAAAUCCGAAUAGAUUACAGAUAAUAAUAUGCGUAAUGGCGGAAAAACAUCACGGCUACAAGUACCUUAAGUUCGUGUCGGAAACACGAAUUGGUGUAGUGACUCAGUGUUGCCUGUCUGGUCACGCAUUCAGAGGAGACGAAAAGUUUCUCGGAAAUCUGUGUCUCAAGAUUAAUGCAAAGCUCGGAGGAAGUAAUGUUGAGUUGACUCAGAGACUUGCUGAUUUCGAGGAGGAAGAUCAUGUUAUGUUCAUUGGAGCCGAUGUGAACCAUCCAGUCUCGAAGAAAUCAACAACUCCAUCCAUAGCAGCAGUUGUCUCUACAGUGAACUGGCCUGCAGUGAACCGCUAUGCCGCAAGAGUUUGCCCUCAAGACCACAGAACCGAGAAGAUUCUCGAAUUCGGUUCCAUGUGCCGCGAUCUCGUCAACACUUAUUUCCAGGUCAACAAAGUCAAACCGAAGAAGAUUGUUGUUUUUCGAGACGGUGUGAGCGAUGGGCAAUUCGAUAUGGUACUGAACGAAGAAUUAUCCGACUUAAAAAGGUCUGUCUGCGAUGAGAAUUACAAGCCAACAAUCACUCUUGUUCUAGCUCAGAAGAGGCACCAGACUCGUCUCUUUCUCGAAAAUGUUCUGGAUGGUGGGGCCACUGGGAAUGUGCCACCUGGCACCGUUGUAGACACGAAGAUUGUCCAUCCGUUUGAGUUCGAUUUUUACCUCUGCAGUCACUAUGGAAGGAUUGGGACUAGCAAGGCGGUGAGGUACUGUGUACUGUGGGACGAAAAUUCGUUCACGUCCGAUGAAUUACAGAAGCUUAUAUAUAAUUUAUGCUUCACGUUUGCACGUAGUACGAGGCCUGUUUCGCUGGUGCCACCUGUAUACUACGCUGACCUGGUCGCUUACAGGGGUCGUAUUUUUCAGGAGGUGGCGAAGGAGUUUGAAUCUCGUUCAUCGUUUUCGUCGUCGUCGAAUUGUACUACUGCAUUUGAUAGAAGGUUCUACAACCUUCAUCCGGAUCUUCAGAAUAUCAUGUUCUUUGUUUGAGGAAGAUUAUAUUGUUUUUGUGAGAAUUGAGUUUGUGUAUGAAUCUAAAGAAUGUCACUGAAGAAGUUUUUGUUUUCGCUUUUUAUA